UCAGAAGAUAGAAAAAUCUCUCCUUUCCAUGGAAACCAUAAGUAACAUAUGGGUGAGCCCCAGCUCCAUGCACAUAGCAAUAGAAAUGACCUUUGGCAUUAUAUGUGGAGUGGGGCUCUUUUUCCUACUAAUCCCAUUCCUGAAGAAGUACCCAGUGUCACCACCACCUGAGAACAAAAUGGACAUGCCGAAGGAUGUGCAGAGGGGGCAGAGCAACACCAGAAAGGAAACUGCUGCUAUAAAAGAUUAUAGAAGCAGCAGAAAGGAUGCACAGGACACUCAGAACGUAUCACCACCUAUGGAAAGCCCCACCAAGAAUCCUCUUCUGGAUUCCACAGAACAACCAUUUUGGAAUUCUAAUAAGAAACUGGAUGAGCUUCCCAUUUCUCCAAUGUUGUCUUACCUCCAGGUCUUAGAAGAACUUAUACAGCAGAAAUGUAACCAGAUUUCCUGGGGCAUAUCCUCUGAGCUCCCUGAGUCAGUUGUGGCCACUGCCUGGGUCUCCAGGAAACCUCCCUCUGUAAAAAACAAAACUUUACCCUUCAGUAAUUCAUAUAGCCCCUUGCCAGCUUUUCCUCUGGCUCAAGGACCUCCACACCUUUCCCAGACCCAGUCAUUACCCCAUCAACUUAGGACACGAAGCUUCCUAGAUGUGACAGAGACCCCGCUAUUGAACAGACACCCAAGCUCUAAACCAAAAAAUGCACCUUCUUCAUCCAAAAGUAGGGCCUGUGGAACAACAUAUUCUAACCCUAGGAUGAAGGUACUGACAUCCCUCCCAACUGAAAACCAGCCCCAGCAAAAGGGUCUGAAGUGGAAAGACUCUAGAGGCUCUAAUGUCCCAAAACAACAAGAAGCCAUUAGACAGUCCGCUGACAACUUGCCUUGGGGCACCCUGCUCACUGAAGCAAUCAGGUCAGCCUCCAUCCUUCCUGACCAUUGCCUGAUGGUGCAGGAUCAUGAGAGACAGAAGAAAUACAGGGUGAUGAAGGAACGAGACCAUCAAUGCCCCUGCUUCCAGGAGCUGAUGAACUCUGCAGGACAUUUCCCAGCAAACAAUCCUCACCAGUCCAAGAAUGGGAGUGGACCUUCCCAGACUGCCCAACCCUUCAUCCUGGACUCCAAGCCCUACAAGUCAAGUCAGAUGAUGGAGUCUGAUCCCUCAAGAUUACCCUUAAAGAAGAGGCCAGUUUACCAGCACGACUCCAUCAAGGAUGGCCGCCUGCCUUGCACUUCAAGCAGCACCACUGGGAAGAGCCUAGAACCCAAGAAACCUGCAUUGAGGACAGACCAGCUGUCCAAUGUGAACACUGCCCAGAAUCUUUUCUUCCUUGACCCAAAGACUCAAAUGAAGCUGGAAUCAAAUAUCGCACAGUUUCUUCUGAAAUACAGAGAGAGACCCUAUCUGCAGGCUCCUGAGUCAAGAGAUGACAUCCAAUCUGGGGUUCCAACCUCAUACCUUCCCCAGCCUGUGUAUCCUUUAUCAGACACCUGUGUUUCUAAGGCUGAACACUCUUCCAAGGCUGCUGUGAUCCCAGAAAAAUUGCAUCACCAAGAUCCAGGAGGGACAAAGUUAAAAAUAGUAUCAGCUACCGGGCUGCAGAAUACUCUGUCUGCCCACUCAUCUUCAGAGGUUAAGGAGACCCAAGGAACAUCUUCCCCUGCUGCCAGUUCUGGGCACUCUGAGGCUGAUGAAGCUGCAUCCCGUAGAACUCUGAAUACUUGGGUCAAUGCUUACUGCCUCCUGGCAAGAACCCAGGAGAGUAGGACUAUCCGAGGGACUGGAAGAGGCAGCCUGCAGCCAAGAACUAGCUCAAGAAUUGCUGGGCAAGUACCAUGGAAGAGAUUUGGCAAUGUGGCCUCAGGACAUCCCUUCUGGGGAAGCACAAUGGCUUCUCCUGGAGUAAGGACUCCACCUUCAGUGUCCAAACAGACCAACGGAAUAAUGGAGAUAAGAAAAGAGACACCUCAUCCACAGAAAGAAACCCUUGGGCCCAGCAAGAUUCCUGGUGGCCAAAACAUCAAUAGCAAUCCCAGAGCCUUUGAAUCUGCAAGGGCUGAUAGAAAACUAGGCCAUUUCCAAACAUGUCUCCUUCACUCAAGAGGCCCACCUCUAAAACCACGGGUGAUUAGUGAUGUUGACUUCACAUCAGAUAAGCAGCCACUGACAUCCACUGCUAGGCUCCUUACAGACCAUCAACGUACUGUGCACCCUGCCACAGUCAUCUGGUCUUCACAGGACUCACUACCCAGAUACCAAAAUAGAUACAAAGAUCCCAAGACCUCUGAGGGCCUACGUGAUGUGCUCAUGAGGAAAACUCACAGCCAGGAAACUCAUAAACUUGGGGUUCCCAAGGAUGAGACUCCAAGAAGUCAUCACAAAAUGUUUCAUCCUAAUGAAGAGAAGGGGGAUUUUAUGAGAUUCAGAGCCAGAAGCCAGGAAGAAAGACUUGGGGGAGUGCAGUCUUCUCAAGGCUGUCGUCAUACCUCCACCCAGUCCAAGGCUAUAGUCAUUCCUGAGAGUCUGGCUGAUAUGCCAGGAAAUGUAAGAAGCCUUCUGACAGAAAUCAAAAGAAAUUUACAAUAUCUUAACCUUGAAACAAAAUACAGUGGGCAGGGAGAUUCUGUGAAGAAUGAAAGCGCCCCACCAUCCACUCUACAGAGUCAGAUAAAAGGGAAGUUCAUGCAUAGUAUGGCAACUGAAGCACAGUCUCUCUCGAAUGCUGUGGUCCACAUCCUAGUAGACACUCUGGGCCUUAAAAUAGAGGACCCGUCCAAGAUCCAGCGGUGUGAUGUGGAACAACUGUUAUCCCAGCUGGAGGCCUCUUCCCACUCUUCUGAGAGGGUCUAUGACCCAAAGACUAGCCAAUCAGGGAGAAGAAUGAGUUGUAAUCACACUUGUCCAAAAGGACACAGCCAUUUGUUCAUGUACAGGGGAACUAGAGACAGGCAAGAGUCAAAUGUUGAUGCCCUGAGAGCCCAUGAUCAACAUCAGAGUAGAGUGAGGAGAGGAAUGGGCUUUGACCAGCUCUACACCCUCACAGAGAAGCACCAGGAAUUCAGGUACAGGGAAAAUGGAGACAAGCAGCAGCCAAGUCCUGCUGCCCAGAGAGCCUAUUACCCAGAUCAUGACAGAUCAAAACAUGGAAAGGAGCCCUGUCCACAUAGAAGCCACAGGGGGCACAAGCAUUCGUUCAGAUACCGAACAAGUGGAGACAAGCAGCAGUUGGGUGUUGGCCAUAAAGCCUUUGACCCAUAUCAAAGUGCAAAGGAAGGAAUGGGAUUUGGUCAUCUUACAGGUCCCAAAAAGAAUAAUUAAGUAUGGGGAAAAUGGAGGCCAGGAGCACUCAGGCACUUAUGCCCUGGGAGCAUCUGACAGAAAGACCUUACCAAAAUAGGUCAAGUGUAGUAGCCUUGCCCCACUAGGGAAGUCUUCCAGAUGUCCCAUCUGCCCAGCCAUUAUUACCCCAUGCCUCCUGGUAAUAAACACUGGGG